AUGUCCACCCUCCCCACCAUCCCUACAUUGGGAACAAAAGAAUGCGCAAGCACCCGAACAUCGCCCCCACUCCCAAGCGCAAUCCCUCCAUCAUACAACGAUGUGAGCGGCGCAGUCGUCAUUGGCGCUAAUGGCCAGCCUCACUUUCUAUCCGCAGAGGAAGAAGUAGAGCGACGAUUGCGAUUGGAACAAGCAGUGCGCGAGAAGAUGCUAGGGCUACAGCAAACAACAACAUUCGAAUGGUCACAAGGCCCAUCAACCGAACAAUUACCGGCCUAUACACCGCGAGAAGAAGGAAAGAAAUGA